AUCCAAAUGCCACGUGUCGGGUAUCAAGAUGGAUCAGUCGAUCAGAUCGAGCAAUUUGGUAUUCUAUUGAGCGUCGUUUGCGAAAAUAUUCCUCGAUAUAUGGCAUUAAGAUUUACGUGUAUUAUUGCAGGAAUCCUUCACGAUAGUGAAAUGUAUUUCCAGUCAGUGCCUGAAUGUAGUAUUUCCAGUCAGUGCAAUAUAAGAAUGAUGAAUCUCAAUGGUCAGAGUUGGAUUUGUAUCUUGAAGAGCCGGUCUUACCACAGAUGUAAAACUUCAGCGUGUUGCACUGGUGGGAAGAAAACGGGUUCAAGUAUCCUCAGCUUUCUUGGAUGGCUCGCAACUUCCUGGCCAUUCCUCUGUCUGUUGUGACUCAAUCUGAUGCAUACUACACUGACCGAAGGGAAGCUAAUUGGAGAUUGUUGUCUUUGAAACCUGAACUGAUGAAUGCCUUGAAGUGCACUAGGAGCUGGAAAUUUGGUUAUGUAAGAAGUAAUAUAAGGUACAUAUGCUGAAUAAACUUGUACUACGUACUACGGAGUAG